AUGGGACAGCUGAAACAGCUUGCAGGCAUCCUGGCGCUGGCCUCUCCCGCCUUUGCAGCGUUCAGUGUCUAUGCACUACAUGAUCUGGAUGCACUCAAAGCAUCGCUUGGUGUGACCUCGGAGUGUCUUUCGGCUCUAAACUACACAGUCGAGUGCGAUGGUCCCAGUGCUGUAAGAGCCACCAAAAAUUCAGACAAUGACCUAGCCUGGUCUAUGGAUGACCUGACGACUCUAUGUACCGAUGGCUGCUCAAAGUCCCUGUCCACCUGGCUCGAUGCAGUUGAGCAGAAGUGUGAAGGCGAAGAAGUGACCAUCAACGGCCUCGUUGUUGAUCCAAAGGCGUUUCCUAUGAAAUAUAUAUCGGGUUACGACUUGGCCUGUCUGCGAGAUAGCAACGACAAUUGGUGUUUCUACGAAGCACAGGACUGGGACAGUGGUGUAUUUACAAGCUGGGACAAGAAGCAGACGGAUGCUUGCAGCGGUGAAAAUCCUCCAGCUGAUUGUGAUAAAAAGGGCUCUGGGGAGGAUGUGGACACCCUCUACGUGACCAAUUCGUACGAUAAAGAACUGUACUGCAGCGAAUGCUUUAUGCUUCUCUGGAGGCAGCGAAUCGAGUCCCCCGUUUUCCCCCAGGGCAAUCUUCUGGACCAUUUCACCAAGCAGUUCAGCAAGCUAGAAGCUGCCUGUUCGACGAAGCUGCCCCUGAUAACGCCGGCCCCAACAGUGGUAUUGGGGGCUAAAGACACCCUACCGCCAGCCACAGGCUACCAUACCGAUGGACCAACCGUGUUUAGAUAUGCUUCGCCCCCAGCACCAACACCUACUGCUGAAGAGCCAUUUGCUAAACGUACUGCUGCUCCCAGGGCCAUAAAGACAUUCUACACUCCCGCAACUCCAGACCGGACACCGCAGUUAGGUGCAAUGGCGCCUUGUGGUAAAUACUACAACGUAGUUGAGGGUGACACCUGUGCCUCCAUAUCCAGAGAAUUUGAGGUGACUAUGGAUGAAUUGUUGACAUACAAUCCUGAGCUUCAUCCUAACUGCGAGAAUCUGUGGGCCAACUUCGCUAUAUGUGUAGCCCCUGUCUCCCCAAGCCCGAUGACAGUAGAUGGCAGCUGUGGAGAGAACAAUGCCGGUGCGACUUGCGAUGGAUCGCCAUUUGGAUCCAACUUUAUCGGAAAUAGAUGUUGCAACGAUGAGGGACGAUGUGUGCCUUGUGGACCCGAAGCCACCGCCGCCCCCGACGCCCAAGGUCAAACGGUUCAUGACGAAGAGCCGCCAGAAGAGCCGCAUAUUGAACAGCCACCCAAAGACACCCCGGCGGGUGAUGACGAUGAUCGCAAGAAAGCAAAACUCCCACUGCCUAGCGGCAAAUACCCUCUCCCAUCGAACUCCACUAUGAUCAGCAAGGAUGGGUCUUGCAACGAGUAUAUCAGUUGUGUCGGCUCGCCAUUUGGAGUCUGCUGCAGCACUAGCGGAUGGUGUGGCUAUGGGAAGCCAUGGUGCGGUGUUGGAAAUUGCGUUUCAGGUCACUGUGACACUGAGGGCGAGGCAUCCGGAAAGUCUCAGUGA